UUAAUUGAAAGUUAGAGACGAACACAUCACCAUUUUUACUAAUGGGUCAUUUCAUUUAAAACUUACCAGCUGUGCAAUCCACUGGCUCAGAUUUUUCCAAACUGAAAAAAUCACUAUGGUGUCAAUGUAUAAGUGAAAAAAUAAAUUGGUACAAAAAAGACGUCAGUGAUGAGGGGGCUGAUGGAUGGGGAAAGUUCCUCUUGGUUGCACAGCAAUUUAUUCUUUAUUAACCUACCUGUAAAUCGAUUUUUCAAAAAAUUAUGCCUCAACCCAAAAAAACUUAUUUGGAAAAUCAUUGUUGAAAUUUUAGUGAGCUCAGUAUUCGAGAAGACUCAUUCAUCGCCAAAAAACACUUCAUUCUUAAUUUUUUGGAAUGAUAUUCGAUUUUUUCACCCAUGUGGGCCUUUUUUUCUAGGCAAGAAGUCUCUAUUUUUAAUCAGAGAAAUAUUUCUGCAUCAGUUGAAAAAAUUGAAAAUCUAAAGGGUAAUAGUCUAUAGAGCUUUUAUUAGAAAAAUGUCUGAAGUAAAUUGGUCGUUUCAAAAAUUGAAAGUAAAUAUCCAUUUCCGAUCAUAGAGAAUGAAAGCAAAAAUACCCACUUGAAAAUAUGUGAUCGUGUUUGCUGCACGAAUUGACUAUGGAGGUAAUUUUUUAUCGGUUCAAAAAUUUUUUGUUUUUUUUAUGUUGCUCUCAGGGAGAAGAUCAAGAUGUAAACCAGCCAUGUGUGUCUGCUUCUCACUGUGUUGAAGAUGCCUCUAAUUUUGCUGGCCAAAUUUAUGAUUUUAUAGACAGUCCCUCUCAAAAUGUUGACGAUUUGAGAGAUCCAGAUUAUGAACCCGAUUCAAAUUAUGAACCCGAACCAGAUCCCCAACCUGAACGUGAACCUGCCACUCAACUGAAAGUUAAGACUGUAAGGGGUAGAAAUAAUAGGGUGAAAAAUCCCAAUUAUAAACGAGAAUGGGAUAGAGUAAACUACUGUCUUCUUUGUAAGAAAACAGUGACAACCUUCUCUCGUCAUUUGAAGCAGACACAUAAAUUGUCAACCGAGGCAAAAACUUACAUAAAUAUUACGCAUCCAGACCUGAAAGUCCAAAAACGACUGCGAACUCAGUAUACAGAUAAACUUAGAAGACAGUGGAACGCAGAAUACAAUAAAAAUUCCACCGAUUGCGAAAAAUUUUUACCAGCUCGCCGAACCAAAGCCGCCUUCACCAAUGUGAGUCAGUAUUUAAAGUGUAAAUACUGCGAUUUACUGUUGGCUAAAAAAUCUUUCUACAGACAUGUCAAAGUUUGUUCUGAAAUUCCACAGGACAUUCGGGAACAGUUCCUAUCCAAAUGGGACGUCAAUUUAGAAGGAGACACUGAUGAGACACUCAAAAUAGGGUUCGGCAUCUCUAAAAGAGUCCCCGUUCAAAGGGACUUUGGGGAGAUUAUAUUCCCCAACUUAGAGGCAACCACAGAAAAACUUCAAACUGCCAUAUUUCCAACUAUGCAGAAGGAUGAUCUGUAUCUGAUCGCAAUGAACGAUCGUACUUUAAGAAUGGCAGUUUCCUUAUUUUAUGAGACACACUCUGAAGAUAAAGACCAAUACCAAGUUAGCAGGAAACUGCGAGAUGGGGCAAAUCUCUUAAAACAGUGCCGAGCUGCAAGUGAAGAAAUAAAGGAAUUUGCAGAUAUUUUUCAUCCCAAACACAUUGAUGUCCUUACCAAAGCUGUGAGAGUCCUUGCCAAGUAUGAUUUCGAAACAGGAAAAGUGGGGAUCAUUGGAAUGGGGGAUAGACUAUCUUGGAUCAUUCAAGAAUGUGCAAAAUGUGUCUUUGAAGCUGUAUGUAACAAUGUAAGCUUACCCAAGGAAGAAUUGGAGAAUCGUAAGACAAAUAUAAAUGAUUUUUUGUUGAUACUUAGAAAUAAGUGGAAAUACAUAAUAUCCACAAAUUCUCGAAAAACUAAAUUGGUGAAUAAAUGUACGAAACCUGUAAUAAUGCCGCAUGAUGAUGAUGUGAUAACUGUUGGGAAUAAACUCAAAGAAUUAGAAAUUAUUUAUUAUAAUAAGGUUAAACAAAGCCCUUCACCUGUAAACUAUGAAAAUUUACUAAAAGUAACCAUUGCUCAUUGUAUCACAUUUAAUAGGAGAAGAUCCGGAGAGAUUGCCUUAGCAUCUCUGAAAUCAUAUGUAGACAGGCCUCCCCCCGAUGAUAUACCGCAGGAUGCCCUUGCACAGUUAUCUAAAGAAGAAUUAGAGAGUGCUGAUGUCUUGAGUGUUUUCCUGGUUGUUGGCAAAAAUUUAAAAUCAGUCCCUACUCUUCUCACAAAACAAAUGAAAUUAAACAUAGAUCUCAUUAUUGAGUGUCGCAAGACAUUAGGCCUUGAAGAAAGCCCUUACUUAUUUCCAAGAGUUCUUGGAGCGAAACCAUUCACUGGCAGUGAUAUUAUCAGUGAUGUACGUGCUUUAUGUACGCUGAAGAAAAGUGAGCACUACACUGCAACAGGCUUACGACACCACUUGGCCACAAAAACGGCCAUUCAUGGGGACAGUGGGUACCUCGAAAAAGUUUGUGAGUUCAUGGGGCACACUAAAGAUGUCCACCGGAACAAUUAUAGGUUCCCGAUUGAACUAGUCCAAAAGGGCCAAAUAGGGAAGAACCUCCUGCUGAUGGAAAAUGGCCAUGCCACCACAUCGAUAAGUAAUGAAAUUAGAAAUAUUGAUGAUAUAGUCGAGCCAGAGCAAGUUCCUCCUGGCCAAGUUCCUCCUGGCCAAGUUCCUCCUGGCCAAGUUCCUCUUGGCCAAGUUCCUCCUGGCCAAGUUCCUCCUGGCCAAGUUCCUCCUGGCCAAGUUCCUCCUGGCCAAGUUCCUCCUGUAUUGGUUGAGCAAAACGUAGGUGCGGAACCAAAUGAGCUUCCUUUCCCUAGUACUUCAGAUGAUAACUUAAUUGAUUUAGAAAGCAUUAAUGCGUCAAUGCGUGUCCAGAGAUCAGAAGAAGGCAAGAUAAAAUUAAGGAAAAGAUGGACUUUGGAGGAAGCGACAAUUUUGUUAAAUUCAUUUGCAGAUUGCUUCAGAAUUGGACAGCCUCCUGGUGUUAACAAAUGUUUACCAGUCAUGAGAAAGUACGCAUGUUUACAAUCCAGAGAGUGGAGACAGGUGAAAGCUCAGGUGCAAAAUUACAUGGAGGGGAAAACGAAAUUACCUCCUGGUUUUGAGCAUCUCCAAUAUUAUGUCAAAAAAAGAAGAUUGCAUUAGUUGCUGAUAUUUCUUUGAAUUUGUGACAAAGUUUCUAUUUACAAUAUUAUUACCUCAUUAUUAUAUCAGUACUUUUCAUUAAGAUUUACAGUAUACAUUUUUCAACAUUUAAAACCCCACUCCUCCAGGUCGACCGUCAUCUUGUAACAUUCGAACAACUCCACUGCCGUGCUAAGGAAGAACUCCGUAUGAACAUUCAAGAGUCGCCAAAUUUCCCCGAAUAAA